AACCAUACUUACCUGGACGGGGUCGACGGGCGAACAAGAAGGCUCGUGGCCUAGGUCAGUGGCCUCCAUUGCACUUCGGAGGAGCACUGGCUUACCAUCUCCCCAAGAGGGAGAGUGGACGUCAUAAUUUGUGGUAGAGGGGGUACGCGCACGCGCGGCCCCUGCCCAACACUUAAUCUUAAAGUUUAAUUGCCUUAUGAGGUUAAUAAGUUGCUCUUAUCUUUUGAAGGUUUUGGUUAGUCUCAGUAUAACACGUCAACAACGCUUCGUGUGGUGACGAUAUCCGGCAAGGAUCAUAAUGCACGUUAGAGUCCUUUCAUCUCGACCGUCCAUGGCUUGAAGCCCCACUUCUGUCACUGGAACCACGCCAGAGGCGGCUCUCUGAGGAAGAUUUCGUUGGAGGCCAAUCACUUCUUCCUUCCUCGCCGCCUCACGCUCGGCGCCUCCCUCCCGCUUACCGCCUCUCUUCCCUAACCCUCUUCUCGAUUAGGGUUUCUCCUGAGCAAGAGUGGGUUCGGUGAAGUGAUUCAGAACAUAUAAAGCGAGGGAUGGCGCUGUGUUGUUCAUCCGGUGAAGGCUACCUUGGAACCAAUCUUAUCAGUUGCCGAAGCAGAAAUGUGGAUUUCGAGGUUAAGAGAUUGAGAUAUAAUCUCAGACCCACACCUGAGCGCUGUUUAUUCUCGAAAGUCACUGUCUUGGUCACUGCUUUUAGAGCUGGAAAAGGUAACCUUUGCUGUGGGAAGAGGAAGCUUAACGCUGGGAUCAGAUCUGAGUUGCAGCCUUCCGCUGAAGUAAACUCUGGACAUUUGGAUCUCAGUAGUUUAAAAGAGUGCGGUGAUAUAUCUGUCAAAAAGGUUUCGGGAAACAUCGAGUCCGACGAUCGUGUAGACCUUGAUCAUGGAAGUGGCAGUAUGGAUUUCCCCAAUGGAUCCGGUGGUAACGGGAAAUUUCCACCUGGAGGAGGUGGAGGCGAUGAUGGCGACAAUAGUGAUGACUACAGAGAAGAAGAGUUUGGGCCAUUGCUGAAGUACGAGGAGGUGAUUAAAGAAGUAGAUGCUCGUGGUGCACGUCUUCCUUCUGACAUGUUAGAGGCUGCAAAAGCAAGUGGGAUACAGAAACUCCUCCUAUACAGAUACUUGGAUUUACAGGCAUCAGCUUGGCCUAUUGGUGUUGCUAUGAAGUCGUGUGCAAUCUUCCGCAACCGGAUGCUUGCUGACCCAUCUUUCCUCUUUAAAGUUGGAACUGAGAUAAUUAUUGACUCGUGCUGUGCAACUUUUGCGGAAGUCCAAAAGAGGGGCAAAGAUUUCUGGGCAGAAUUUGAGUUGUAUGCUGCAGAUCUUUUGGUAGGUGUAGUUGUUAAUGUAGCUUUAGUGGGUAUGUUAGCACCAUAUGUGCGAUUUGGACAGACAUCUACUUCAAACAGUUUACUGGGUCGUGUUGCACGUGCUUAUGGAGCUCUUCCUAGCAGUGUAUUUGAAGCUGAAAGACCAGGAUGCAAAUUUUCAGUCCAACAGCGAGUUGCGACUUAUUUUUAUAAGGGCUUAUUAUAUGGUUCAGUUGGAUUUGCAUGUGGCCUCAUAGGGCAAGGAAUUGCAAACUUCAUUAUGACCGCAAAAAGGACUGUAAAGAAAACAGAAGAAGAUAUUCCAGUUCCACCGCUGAUUGAAAGUGCUGCUCUCUGGGGUGUGUUCCUUGCGGUUUCUUCGAAUACUCGCUACCAGAUCAUAAAUGGCCUAGAACGCCUGGUUGAGGCUUCAAGUUUGGCGAAGCAAAGCCCACCCAUCGCAAUGGCUUUCACGGUCGGUGUUCGGUUCGCCAACAAUAUUUACGGGGGAAUGCAAUUUGUUGACUGGGCCAGGUGGAGCGGCGUCCAGUAAGGGAUCGUCAAUGACCAAAGUGCAAUCAGAACGAGCAAUCAAACGUCCAUCCCUGCUGGUUUUAUUAAAACCAAAGUGUUCCAAACUUUUCGUUGAAAGUUCUCUGCAAUUUGAGCUAUUGUUUUUCUUGCCUCAUAACGGAGCAGAGUCGAAUAAACACUGAGCCAUAUUAAAGCUGUAACAAGGACAGGCAAAGGUGUUUGUUCUUGAUGUGCAACUCAUUGUUAUCAGAUGAUUCCCGCAAUUGAUUGUUGGUGUAGGAUGGCA